AUGGGAUUUCAGUUUGAAGAUUCAGGUAUUGCAGCAUCAAUUUAUUUAGCAUUAUAUACAAUUUAUUUAAUUGCAACUAUCAAAAUUGUUUAUGAUAAAGGUUGGAGAUCAAUUUAUACAUCAUUAUUAAUCUUUGGUAUCUUUAGAGUAUGUGGUCAAUUAUGUGGUGUAGCAUUUGCCAAAUUAGGAUAUAAACAUUAUCAAUGGCUUAUAGCUUAUUUAGUUUUCAGUGCUGAAGGUUAUUUUACAUUAAUCUUAACCUCUUUUCAUUUAAUAGCUCAUGCUCAAAUACAAACUAGUGGAAGUUCAUGGAUUAGACCCACAAAGAAGCAAAAAAAACAAAUGAUUAGAGAUGCAAAAACGUGGAGAGAACAACUACAAGCCAAAAUUCCUAUUACUACUAUUUUCCAUUGGUUAUUAAUUCCUGCUAAUGCUUUUAUUAUUGCUGGUGGUUCAAUGUUAACUGGUCAAACACCUGGGAAUAUGGAUCAAAAUGUGGUUCAUACUUCAAAAGCUUUAAGAACAACCGGUCAAAUUAUAUUCUUAUUACAAACUUGUAUUGCAAUUGGAUUAGCUGUAUUUGUUUAUGCUUUUCAAAAUUUAAGACAUUCAAAUAUUUAUAGUAUUUUUUUAACUAGUCCUUUCAUACUUGUUAGAGGUAUAUUUGGUAUUUUGUCAAUUUAUUUAACAAAGAUGAAUUAUUAUGAUAUGUCAAAUUACACUGAAAAUGGUUUGAAUCCUCAUUUUGUCAUUUAUGAAUAUGUGUUAGCUACUACAAUGGAAUUUAUUACUGGUGUUAUUUACAUUUCAAACUAUUACUUUGAUAAGAAAUACAGCAGAAGAUGUACUGAUGAUCAAUUGUCAAUUAUAAGUGACGAAAAGGAGGAUGAAAAUGAUACAGUAUCGCCUAUUGAAAAAAUGGAAACUCAUUCAAAAGCAUGA